CGGUUUGAAGCGCAAGUUCCGUCUCAGAAGAGCAAAGAGUCAGCGACAAAUUCUACUAUCGACGGCGGAGAUAGGGUCCUUACAACCACCACCAACAUCGGGUACCAGACCAGUGUAAACGCGGACAAAACCUGGUACACGGAAUUGAAGCAGAACGGCCAGCACGGAGAUAAAAUCGGAUCAUCAGCACAUCAAGGAGGAACUACUAAUACUUCCAAGUCCACCGCCGAGGUGGUGAAAAGCAAAGCUUCCAUCCUGCAGAACGACAGUAUCCUCACUCCGAAAAUCACCCGAGCGCCGCUCGGGUUCAAGCCGCAGCCGCGAACGCAGUUGCUGCAGACCGCUCGGAGCACGACGAAAGUGUGUGCGGAC